AUCCAACGGCGCCUCUAUACCCCAUCAGCGCGAGACUAAGUUAACUCUAGUUCUAUGCAAUCGAGUGUAUACAUUUUUAAGACAUUGUCGGGUUGGUUUAUAUAGGCUACACCGAGUGCGAUAGUCGAUAAACUGAGAUAGUUGCGUUUUCCUUGGUCAUCUAAACGAACAGCAGGUGUGAAUUAAUGUCUGUAUAUUAUCCUCAAGUGUAUUGCCCUGUGUUUGUGACCUGCGGAGACAUGACUGAGGUGAUGAUAACCAGCAGCCCUAUGGAGGACAUCCGCCUGAGUCCCAGCAAAGACAGGCACUCCUACCAGAUCUUUCCGGAUCCUUCCGACUUUGAGCGCUGCUGCAAGCUGAAGGACAGGCUGCCCUCCAUCGUGGUGGAGCCCACGGACGGGGAGGUGGAGAGCGGAGAGCUGCGCUGGCCGCCCGAGGAGUUCCUGGUCAGCGAGGAGGAAGAGGAGGAGGAAGAGGAAGAUGGCAAGCACGAAGCUGGACAGCCACUUCAGAACUCUCAGCACUGAGAAUGGCAUAAGCACACACACACACACACACUCACACACACACUCACUCACUCACUCACUCAAACAAUCAGGAGCACACACAGUCACAGCUGCCUAUCGGCAACUGGAGACACACAGGGCAUCAGUACUGACAUUGACAAGCCGGCAGAGAGGCAGAGGGAACUGCACAUAACUCAGUGUGGACUCUGGGAGAGCAGCAAUAUGCACAUUUACAUGCUUAGAAUACCGCAAGAAACACACACUCCGCCAGGCACACAGUGAUAUGCCACUUGACACACACCACUGUACACGCACAAACACACACGCACGCACGCAUACACACACACACACACACACACUGUUCAAUCGCACACGAGUACGUUGAGCAUGUCUCCGGCAGUAUGUUGGCCUGACGGGUGUGUCGCUGGAUCAGCUGUGGCUCACGCACACAGCCGUGGUGGUGCGCUCGUGCGUUGCCGGGGCAACCGCUCGCAUUCUCCACCAGCUGAGACUCACCGGUCGCUCGGCCGCAGAGCAAAAGACUCUUUCCCCGCAUGCUAAUCCCCAUCGAGACGCCCUCCAUGGGGACUUCUUUUUUUAUUUUCCACACUCGCGUAUAUAUAUAUAUAUUUGAUUAUGUUCGUUUUUUUUGGGGGGGGGGGGGGGGGCUGGGGGUGGGUUUGGGCGUGUUAAAGGAUUCCACAGCCAGUUUCUCAGUGUUUGUGUGUCCGUCUGUACACGUGUACUUGUCAUUUCGUCUUCUUUUUUUGUUUGUUUGUCGUUCCGUGCUCAUUUCUGAUGGCAGAAAGGAUGAGGGAGGAGACUGCUGUCAGAAAGAAGAGCUCUUAUCACGUGGGCAGGGUGCAAUGUUUAGAUGACACGUGCUGAGAUUGUGUCUGUUCGGCCCGAGCGAGCUUCCCUGUGACCCGAGGGGAGUGCGUUUGAUUGGCUCAUUUCUCCCGCGGGCCCCCGUCUUCCUGAGGAUUAGCCUAUCAGGGCCAACUUGGAGAAAGUGUCUAGAAGUGGGGUUUCAAGUGCAUUUUGAAAGUAUUGAAAGUGAUCGACUUCCUUUGCGCUGUUAGACGGCAGUCCGUUACCACGACCUUGCUUACUUGGGGGCACACAUGAGACCUGUUGUGACCCUGUUAAGCCCUGCACGGACAGUGUUGACUUUGAAGUCAUUUGGGGCGAGCAGACAGAAUAUGAAUCCGUGUGUUUUAGGUGCCUGAGUGUGUCCUGGGUGUAUUUUGAGCGGUCGACGUUACCUUAACACCACAAUCUGAAGCCUUAUACCUGAAUACCUGAGGGGUGGAUCGAGCUUAAAUCCCUUUUCCUAAUGUUAAAAGUGUUCUGGACCUGACAGGAGUAGCAGAAGUGAACAUUUUAUCCCCCUACUGUUCUCCUAUCCUAUCCUAGCCCGGUUUUGGGAUGUUUUGCCAAAUGCCAGUCACACAAGUUAGAUUUGAUUGCACUCAGUUCAUAUUAGUUGACUGAACCUUAUCUGUUAAAGCUCUUUGUCCCACCUAGAGGCCAGUGACCUUGAAGCCACAUUCUGCCCUGUCGAACAGGGAAAGGCUACGUGCACAAAUAGUUGAGGGUAUCUUGUCCGUCCCGUCGCGUUUGUGUGUUGCCAUGUCCAUGUUGUUUCUGUGACUUUUUUUUUCUUUUUUUCUCCAGUGUACAUCGGUGUGGUUCUAACUGAAAUUAGAGCUCUGUAUAGCUUUUUAUUUUUCCUCUCUCUGCACGCUCUCCUGUAGUUCGUUUUUGUAUUUGUGAAGCUCAGGGAGAUUAGCUGCCAUUAUUUUCUCUUUUGUGUUUUUUUUUUUUGUUUUUUUGUAUUUAGACCACUUUCUCUGUCAUAAAUGCAGAGGAUGUAAAUAAACAUUUGAAAGUUCUUUCCAAUCUU